AAACGUAUUCAUACAGGAGAGAAACCAUAUCAUUGUGAUAUCUGUGGUAAAUCAUUCUCUCUAAAUUACAACCUAACUACUCACAAAUACAUUCACACAGGAGAGAAACCUUAUCAGUGUGAUAUGUGUGGUAAAUCAUUCUCUAGAAAUAGUGACCUAACCACUCACAAACGUAUUCAUACAGGAGAGAAACCAUAUCAUUGUGAUAUCUGUGGUAAAUCACUCUCUAAAAGUUGUCAGUUAAUUAAACACAAACGUAUUCACACAGGAGAGAAACCUUAUCACUGUGAUAUCUGUGGUAAAUCAUUCUCUCUGAAUCAUCAUUUAAUUACUCACAAACGUAUUCAUACAGGAGAGAAACCAUAUCAUUGUGAUAUCUGUGGUAAAUCAUUCUCUCAAAAUCACAGCUUAACUACUCACAAAUACAUUCACACAGGAGAGAAACCUUAUCAGUGUGAUAUCUGUGGUAAAUCAUUCUCUCUGAAUCAUCAUUUAAUUACUCACAAAUACAUUCACACAGGAGAGAAACCUUAUCAGUGUGAUAUCUGUGGUAAAUCAUUCUCUCAAAAUCACAGCUUAACUACUCACAAAUACAUUCACACAGGAGAGAAACCUUAUCAGUGUGAUAUCUGUGGAGAAUCAUUCUCUCAUAAUCAGCACUUAACUACUCACAAAUACAUUCACACAGGAGAGAAACCUUAUCAUUGUGAUAUCUGUGGUAAAUCAUUCUCUCUGAAUCAUCAUUUAAUUACUCACAAAUACAUUCACACAGGAGAGAAACCUUAUCAGUGUGAUAUCUGUGGUAAAUCAUUCUCUCAAAAUCACAGCUUAACUACUCACAAAUACAUUCACACAGGAGAGAAACCUUAUCACUGUGAUAUCUGUGGUAAAUCAUUCUCUCAGUAUCAAAACCUAACUAAACACAAAUACAUUCACACAGGAGAGAAACCUUAUCACUGUGAUAUCUGUGGUAAAUCAUUCUCUCAUAAUCACAGCUUAAGUACUCACAAAUACAUUCACACAGGAGAGAAACCUUAUCAGUGUGAUAUCUGUGGUAAAUCAUUCUCUCGAAAUCACAACUUAACUACUCACAAAUACAUUCACACAGGAGAGAAACCAUAUCAUUGUGAUAUCUGUGGUAAAUCGUUUUCACAGAGCGAUGCCUUAACUAACCAUAAACGUAUUCAUUCAGGAGAGAAACCAUAUCAGUGAUAUUUGUGGUAAAUCAUUCUCACAAAAUCAACAUUUAACUAAACACAAACCCUUCCAUACUGGAGAGAAACCAUACUACUGUGAUACCUGUGGAAAGUCAUUCGCUGGUGACUUAAAUCCUCAUAAACACAUUCAUAGUAAAGAGAAGCCGUAUCACUGUGAUAUCUGUGGUAAAUCA